AUGUUUUAAGAUAAAUAUGGAAAAACUGUGAGUGAGUUCAAUCAGAAGUACAAUAUUGUAACGAAUCCUUCUCAAUUGAGAUUUGAGGAAGGAUUGCUAAAUUACAAGUACAACUCACUUUUGGGAUAAUUUCAAGAUUCCCUUUUGUAGGAUAUUCGAGGAGCAAUAGUGACAGCAUAGAGAGGUUACUUGUCAAGGAAAGUGUUGAAACAUUACUUCAAGGAGUUGCCAUAAUAAUUAAGAGCAGAAUACUAUGGCUCAUUGUUAACAUUGUAUAAAGAAUCGCUUCGACAGCAAUAACAGAAUCUGUUCUAUUUUUCUGGUAUGGGCAGUGGGAUGAAAGUGGAGAAGGUUACUUGGCCAUUCGUUGAGGGUUUCGGGUUUUGCAUUUGGAUUCAAGUGGAGAAUAUAAAUUAUGAAUUGUUUAAUGAGUAGAAUAUGGGUGUGCAGAAAAUCAUAAGCGUUCAUGGGCAAGGAUAAUAAGGUGGGGGUGGAUUAGAAUGCUUCAUUUUGAGAGGCAGUGUCUAUUAUAGGAUAAUACCUGCAAUAUAUUAGGAACCAGAUAAUGGGGCUAUUUUGAUAGGCCAAUUGAAGAAUGGGAUGAAUUUCAUAGGGAUAUCACAUGAAUGCCAAAAGAAAUUCACUUCUUCUCAUUUAACAAUGUACUUCAACAAUGAACAAUCCAAGACCAUGACAUUAGAUUUCCCUCGUUUGAACCAAACCAUAGCCUUGACACGAUUUACUAUCUGUGAGAAUCUCUUAGGUACAGCCUAAUGUGUUAUCAUAAUGAAUCAAUCAUCCACAAAAAUCAAGACCAUCCAAUAAGUGUAUGGACAAUUACCUAUGGAUUUUAAAUAAUUGAAAACAUUGCCAGCUUGUUUGGAUAAGUACUUUGAGAGAAUCAUGUCUAUUUAUAUUCCUGAAUUUACAGAUGGAAAUCAUGUGAUUGAUGUAAUGGGAAAUUGCAAUGCUAUGUUAUUAACUAAGUCUGGAGCUGUUAUAGCAGACAAGAACAAGUUUCACUUUUCUGGAGGUUUCAGAUUGUUUUAUGUUAUGUUACAUUUAAGUGGAACGCUUUACAAACAAAUCAACUCUGCAUAACUUAAUCUGUCUACUAUGUUUGAAGUCAUUACCCAUAUUCUUAAACAUAAUAACUAAUUACAAGCAGAGGCAUUCAAUAGUCAAUUCUUCUUGACUAUUGCUUCAAUCAUUAUGAGUUUUGAAAAACCUUUGAUUAAUAUGAAAUGUGUUGAAUUAUUGAGUGAGAUCAAAACCGUUAUUGGAGACAAUAGAUUAUUGGAUCAUUAUGUUAUUCAUAUCUUAUGGAAUCCGAAGUUGCAUUAAAAAUGUAUUAGUGAACAACAUGCUAAGUUUAUUUAUAAAAUCCAUAACAUUACCAACAUUUUAUAUCAUCUAAAGAUAUUUUAGAUAUGUUAAUAUUUGCAUAUACGGAAAAUCAAUGUUGCGAUUAACAUUUUAAUGAAUUUGAAGAGUCCUUUCAGAUGUAAUUCGCUUAGAUAAGAUCUUUUAUUUGUUCAAUCAAUAACCGGAUACAUCUGA